AUGUUGUUUUAUUUGACAACUUUGAAUGUGGCAAACGUCCUCACUGCUGAGGCUCAUACUGUUCUAGUUGGAGACGGAGAUAAUGCUCUAAUAUCAGCACAACAGGCUGAGAACAAGAAUGCUAUAGAUUCUUGGGAGACUAAUGAGUUUCUGUGCAGGAACUAUAUUCUCAAUACCUUGGACGAUUCCUUGUAUGAUAUCUACUCCACAUUCAAAAUUGCAAGGGAGUUGUGGCAGUCAUCGGAGAACAAGUACAAGACUGAGCAAGUGGAGGAACUUCAAGUCAUUGUUCAUGAGUUAGAUGUGGAAGGUAUGGGUCUUAACCCGAAUUUCCUUGUUGGUUCCAUCAUUCAAAAAUUACCUCCUACAUGGAAAGAUUUCAAAAUAUAUCUGAAACAUCUAACUGAGGAUAUGAAUUUUGAGCAAUUGGUUCUUAAACUUCAAGUUGGAGAGGAUAACCGGAAAAAUGAGAAGGCUGAUGCUAUUUCCUUGGAGCCAACUGCUAAUAUGGUUGGAGGGAGUCCAUCAAAGGCCAAGUUUCAGAAAAACAAAGGCAAGAAUACGGCUGCUAAGCCUAUUGUAAUUGCUGGAAGGAAUCCCCUCGCCCCACAAAAGACCAAACCUUUCAAGAAGAAACACAUUGGAGGCUGCUGGGUCUAUGGCAAACCAGGGCAUAAAGCCAAGGAAUGUCGCCUGAGGAAGGAUCAAGGAGGUGGUGCUGGAGGUUCUGGAAAUUUCAACCAAGCCAACCUUGUUGAAUCUGAAAACCAAUUCAUUGGAGUGGUUGCUGAAGCAAAUCUGGUUACUAAUUCAACUGAUUGGUGGAUGGGCACUGGUGUUACAAGGCAUGUUUGUUCUCAAAGGGAGAUGUUCUCAUCAUACCAGUCAAUUAAUAAAGGUGAAUCAUUGUUCAUGGGGAAUGCCACAACUGCAAAAGUGGAAGGACAAGGGAAGGUGAUUUUGAAACUCACUUCCGAGAAGGAUCUUGUGCUUACUAAUGUGCUUUAUGUGCCUGAAAUUUGUAAGAAUUUGGUUUCCGGUCCUGUUCUAAGUAAUAAGGGCUUUAAACUUGUAUUUGAAUCUGACAAAUUUGUACUCACCAAGGGUGGGUUAUAUGUAGGAAAGGGUUACCUUUGUGAAUGA